AUGGUAGAGAUAUGUAUUUGUCGGAUGAAUGUCGGCUUAGGAACUUGAAAGCAGUCGGAAGGUCUUAUUUGUUUGUUUUAUGUGAGGUUAUAAACCCUGUUACGGGUAUAAAUUGCCGUUAUUAUUAUCAUUACUGUUUUUAUAGAGGCACAGAUGUCUGGGUGCUGUGAAGAGGGCCAUACCUCAGUGGUGUGUAGCUGCAAUAAACUCGGUGUUGCAGAGUGGCUCAUGAGGUGGCUUCGGAGGCACAUGCAGCUGGCACGAGGCUGAGGCUUGGCUCCCAAAAUGGCACUGCAUCUGUAACUGCCGGGUGGCUGUUGGACAAUCUCACAUCUACAGCUGGUGGGUUUUAAGGCUAUUGAUGCUGGAUGUUUCUGAUUCCUCAGCUCGGUGCUGUGGGCAAAGAGGUGGUGGUGCUUUUGAGACACUGUAUUUGUUUUCUGUGGGCACGGGCGGCUGAAGCACCCCUUCCCUCACCUCUCUGAGGUAUGUGGCAUGUGUUGUGUGGCUCCUGGCCACAUGAAGGUUUUGGUAUGCAGCUCGUGGGAUCAGCAGUCUUGGCCCAUUUUGGUAUGUGCACAGGUGCUGUUUGUGUAUCGUGGGUACCAACAUGAUUUUGCACUUGGCUCAAGUCUUCUACCGGGCAAUGUUUCUGCAGAAGAUAAAGCUGGACCCUUCUGUAAAGAAUGGCGAGUUUUCCAAGUUCAAGACUUGCAGAAGAAGUUGGCUGUGUACCUGGGAACACUUUGAGUCCAAGCACAAGGACUUCCCUGGAGAAAGAUAAAGCACCUGAAUGUCUGCCGCUCACAUUCCAGGAAAUUCUGGAGAUCUUUCCUAAGAGUCUAAGUAUAAGGAAAUGACCUAGAGGCCUUACAAAUACAUUUGUGCAUUUUUGUUCUGAGUCUGCAAUUGAGGGCAAACGCAGUCUGGAAGCACCACUUCUUAAAGUUACAACGGAAACAACUACCUCAACAAACAGGGAAAGGGGAAGAAGGCUUGCAAUAACAAACACUCUAGUUUUUAAUAGCUUAUACUUGCAAAGUCUUCUGCAAACAGUCCAGAUUUUUUUUCCCCCCCUCCAAUAUUAAGAAGAGACACUACAAGUAAACUGAGUUGGCAGACUGGAUCUGUCAAGACAUUUGAAGAUAUUUGAUCUGCUGACAUAAGGAUUUGCUUUUUCAAGGAAAGAGCCUCUGCACUGCUUUUAUAAUCGCUGUUGAUCGGUGGUUUGCUCCACUUUUCCUGAUACUACUAAUGGGGGAAUUGUAUUAAGGUAUUGCUUCUAAAGCUAUUAUUUGCAUUGACAAAAUUAACUUUCGUAGAUGCAACAGCAAGAGACGGUGUUGUGCUCGUGAAGAACUUGAAGGCGAUCACUUCUCUGCUCCAGUUGCUUUUCUGCCUGCGGAGGGGAUACACAAAGGGACAGAGCAUUAUUGAGAUACUUGGGCUUGCUUUUUGAGUACAGUUUAUAACUGCAGCAGGGCUGCACCCAACAUUGAAAACACGGAGUCAGCAAAUCUGCUGCCGUUCCCACUGCUGAUACAGAUUAUACAGACGCUCGCCUUUCUGAAAUGCCUUUUGUGAAACCUAUGUACACAGUCCUGCACCGGUACUGUACAUAGAUACCCGAGGAAGGAAUUUGACAAGUGAUUGUUAAUUCAAGAACUCUCUGGACAAGCACUCACUUAUGUAUUGCUGCAGUGCACAAGAAAGCAAAAUGGACUAUAAGCGGCGCUUCUUGCUUGGCGGGUCCAAGCAGAAGGUGCAGCAACACCAGCAGUAUCAAAUGCCCGAGCUGGGCAGGACCCUGAGCGCCCCGCUGGCCUCGGCCACCCCCAGCACCCCCCUGGUGUCCCCGGCUGCUGCCGGCGGCUGCUCCCACCCCGCCUCCCACACGACUCCGAUCGCAGACAUCCAGCAGGGAAUCUCCAAAUACCUGGAUGCACUCAACGUGUUUUGCCGUACGAGCACUUUCCUCACAGACCUUUUCAGCAGCGUGUUCAGGAACUCGCACUACUCUAAGGCAGCUAUGCAACUGAAAGACGUGCAGGAACAUGUCAUGGAAGCGGCGAGCCGACUCACAGCAGCAAUAAAACCAGAAAUAGCAAAAAUGCUGAUGGAACUGAGUGCAGGAGCUGCAAACUUCAAAGAUCAAAAAGAGUUCAGCCUACAAGACAUUGAGGUACUUGGGCGAUGUUUCUUGACAGUGAUGCAGGUCCACUUCCAAUUCCUGUCCCAGGCUUUGCAGAAGGUCCAGCCAGUGGCACACUCCUGCUUUGCUGAAGCUGUAGCUCAGGAGAGGAAGAACGUUAGUGGGACUGGAGCCUCAAAUAUAAACCCCACAAAUGAGCUGGAAGAUGCAAUAAGAUCCUGGAGAGGAGCAGCAGAGGCCACAUCUCGACUGCGAGAAAGAGGCUGUGAUGGAUGUUUGGCAGGAAUUGAAGUUCAGCAGCUUUUCUGCUCACAGACUGUGGCCAUCCCUGAACAUCAGCUCAAAGAGCUAAACAUGAAAAUUGACAGUGCUUUGCAGGCUUACAAAGGGGCUCUGGAGAGCUUGGGUCAUUGUGAAUAUGCAAUGAAGGCUGGCUUCCACUUGAACCCAAAAGCAAUUGAAGCAAGUCUUCAGGGCUGUUGCAGUGAAGCUGAAGCUCAGCAAACAGGAAGGAGGCAGACUCCACCUCAGCCCAUUCAGUGUGAGCUGCCCACUGUCCCUGUCCAGAUUGGAUCCCAUUUUCUGAAAGGAAUCUCCUUCAAUGAGUCUGCAGCAGAAAACCUGAAGCUGAAAACGCACACAAUGCUGCAGUUGAUCAAGGAAGCCGGAUGCCACAAUGGACUCACACCCCGGGACGACUCUCCCGUGACUGAAGUGCUGAACCAGGUCUGCCCUUCCACGUGGAGAGGAGCCUGCAAAACUGCUGUGCAGCUGCUGUUUGGCCAGGCUGGACUGGUGGUUGUGGACACGGCACAGAUUGAAAAUAAAGAAGCCUAUGCUCCUCAGAUAAGUUUAGAAGGAUCAAGAAUUGUGGUGCAAGUUCCAUCAACUUGGUGUCUGAAAGAAGAUCCAGCAACAAUGUCUUUGCUGCAGAGGAGUCUGGAUCCGGAGAAGACUUUGGGGCUGGUAGAUGUGCUCUAUACUGCUGUGUUUGAUAUACACAGGUGGAAGGAAGGAAGGGAGCAAGCUUUGCCUUGUAUUCAGAUCCAGUUACAGCGUGAAAUCUCAGAAUUUGGGAGCCAAGUUGACAUGCCAUCGGGGAAUGGAAGCAAAUCUUCAGGGGGUCUGCAAAAGACAUUCUCAAAACUGACUUCACGGUUUACAAAAAAAACUUCCUGCACUAGUACAGGUAACACAGGAAGUUACUCAAUCCCCAAUACACCUUCCAAAAAUGUCUUCAUAAGUUCCAGCUCAGAGGAGAAAGCUAAAAUGCCCACUAACAUGGAUGCACGGUUGCAGAACAUCCUGAACAUUGGUAACUUCCCUCGGAGCGCAGAUGCCCUGCAGCCAGUGCAGAGCACAACCAACCAGCUCGUCAAUGGCUUUCUAGUGGAAAGAAGGGACAGCUUCUUCAAACCAGAUGAUGGCAAGGAUGACAAAGGUAUGAAUUUACCAACUGACCAAGAAAUGCAGGAUGUUAUAGAUUUCUUGUCUGGUUUUAACAUGGGCAAAUCCCAGCAGACUUCUCCGAUGGUGAAAAGAAGGAACUCUGUUGCAUCCUCUACAGCAGCAGAACAAAAGUCAGGAGCAGUUCAACAGCAGCCGCAGUCUGUGUCUCACACCCCACUGCAUCCUCCUCAGCAAGGCUUGUCCCAGCAGCAGUCCCAAAAGCAGCAGCAGCAAAUGCAGUAUUACCAACACUUGCUUCAACCUAUUGGACCACAGCAACGUGUACCUGCCAAAUGGCUCAGUAAUUCUUCACAGCAGCAAGCUCCGGCUGUUGGAGCUGGAUUGUCUCAUAUAAAUCAGUGGAACAAUCCUGGUUUUUCAGAUUUGAGCUCUGAUUUGUACAGCUUGGGUCUUGUGAGCAGCUAUAUGGACAAUGUGAUGGCAGAGAUGUUAGGACAGAAACCACAAGGACCUAGAAACAACACAUGGCCAAAUCGUGACCAAACUGAUGGAGUGUUUGGGAUGUUGGGAGAAAUCCUGCCUUUUGACCCUGCAGUUGGCUCUGAUCCAGAGUUUGCUCGCUAUGUUGCUGGGGUGAACCAGGCUAUGCAACAGAAGAGGCAAGCACAGCACGUCCGUCGUCCAAGCACCACGCGUGGCAACUGGCCUCUUCCUGAUGAUCCUCAUAAAACCUGGCCCUUUCCAGAGUAUUUCACAGAGGGUGAUGUGACAAACAGCUGGUCUGGUACUCAAGGAGACUCUGCCAGCUCAAGUGAUGAGACCUCCUCAGCUAACGGAGACAGUUUGUUCUCCAUGUUCUCAGGGCCAGACCUUGUUGCUGCUGUAAAGCAGAGGAGAAAACACAGCAGUGGUGAACAGGAACCCAGCACGCUGCCAUCGCCUCCACUUCUCUCUGCAGCAGAUGACCGCAGUCAGGAUAACAAGACCAAAACCUGGCCUCCCAAGGCCCCGUGGCAGCACACAUCCUCUGUGCCGAGCACGCUGCCCAGCCAGAGCACGUCCCUGUACCCCAUGAGCAGCCCCGUGAGCCAGUGGAGUGACACCAUGCAGAUGCUCCAGUCGCCCAUGUGGGCCAGCGACUGCGCCCCGGCAGCCGGCAUCUCCUCCAGCUUCGCCUACGCGCAGCAGCAGCAGCAAUCCCAACAGGCUUCCCAGCACAAACAGAUGAACAAGGGCUUUAAAUCUUUCCCAGUAAAGCACGAACGCAGACCAUCGUACCUGCACCAGUACUAACUGCUUUUCGUACUGGAAAAUGCAGCACAGGGCCAAAUGAAAAUUACAUUACUUUGAUUCACAGUGCUGUGUUGGCUAUAUCCUGUUUCUCUCUUGGUGUGGGAUUGAGGGGGUUUGGGUGAGAUAGACAAACUCUUGGAUUCUGAGUUACAGUGCUGAGCAAAUAUGGCCAAUAUGUUUGGUGUACGUGAAACAGCCCAAAACUGUGAUGCAGAAAUGCUUUUAAAAAUGUGUAAUUGCCUUUACUUUCAAGACAUUUUUUUUUCUAAAAACAACUGCUGAAGGACUACCAUACAAGAAACACUGUAUUUUAUAGCUAUUUUUCAUAUAGAUUUAUAGUUAAAACAUCUUACUGAAACACAUUGAAUAUGUUGAAGCAAAUAUAUAGUGGUCACUUUGCUCAACACUGUUUGUGUUUAAAUUUAUAAAGGACAAGCUGUAGAACCUUUGUAUUCUCCAUUACAGCCUGUGGGCAGCUUUUUUAAAAUGAAGUGCAACAGCAGCUUUUCCUGUGCUACACAAGUGAGUUCAUUUGGGAACUGCUGCAGAAACAGUUGCAAAACUGAGUUUUGUGGCAGUUUCUUUACUGUAGGUGAAGAUCAGCAGAACCACUCAGCCUUGUGUCGUCAACAUUACUUGAGCUGCUUGACAUAGAUGGCACCUGUGUGGACAGUGGGACCCUGGUUCUCACACAAACCAUGUCCUGUGGCUGCAUUUGGCCAAAGGCAUUAUCCACACGGUGCUCCCGCAGUGUGCGAAAGCAAAGCCUAAGAGACUACUUGCAUUUAUUUAAAGUCUUAUUUCAGAUGCUAUGGUUGACUGAAAAUUGUGAGCUGGCUCAAAAGAUACUAAAACUGAAAUGUGGGGUAGCAGUUAGUUAAAAGAACAUUAUUUUUUUUAAAAGGAUAAAGUAAUUAUUUGCAGUCAAUAUGUGCCAUUAAGUGAACCUGUGGAAUUAGGAAUAAUCUUCCAACCAAAGUGGAUGGGGGCGAGUGACUGGUGCUUACAAAUUCAAGAACAAUGGUAAAUAUAUGUAUACCUAUCCCACUGUAUAUGAAUUGAGAUUACAGAAGAUUCUUUAUAUAGUUAGAGCUUAUUUAAAUUUUCAUAUUUCAUCUUUGAAAGAGUCUAAAAACCACAAUAUUUUCUGGUAUAAGAGUUUUGACAGUAUUAAUCUUAUUUUUGUAUUUUUCUUAAGUCAUAUCAUUCUAAUAUGUUAACUACUAGUAAAAUGGGUUAUUAGUUCUAACUACAUAAUUUUUUCAAUGAAGAUAAAGCACAUUUUUUGGUUUUGGUUUUACAAACUAAGUACAUCUAUAUCUAAAGAUACCAAAAAACAAAUACAUUAUAUAUAUAUAUAUAUAUAUAAAUAAAAAGUAUACACAACACUAAAACUAUUAAACAUUUGGGUAUUUAAAACCCAUCCACCUUUUUUGUUUGUAUGGUGACGGGCUCUAUUUGCAGGCCCAGAUUGUUACCUUUUGUGCUGUUUGAGGAUGCCAAUGUUGCCUGUAUUUAUGAUAUUGUCACCAUGUUUUCUGAAACUUCAUACUUACCAUGUUUACAAAGAUUUGUUUGCUGUACAUAGACUUUUUACAGUAAUGUGCUUUGCACAAUCAGUGUGGCUUCUGUCUGUAAAUUGUUAAUGGUCUGUACUACUAUAAUUUUGAAAACCUUCCACUGAAAAUGUUAGUGGUUAUUUAACUUCAUGAAUGGUUUCGAGUUUCCUAAAUCUUGUUGUUUAGAUCUAAUAUUAAACCCCAAAUUUGGUUGUACUUACUUGGUUAUUCAUACUAAGACCAAAAUGGAAGUUAAUGAAAACUUAAUUUUGAACUUUUUUUCUAACAAGUGCCAAAAUGAUUGCUAUAGUUUUUGCAGUUUAUUCAUAAUUACAAAUGCUGGCAAGUUUCUGGACCUACAUAAGUGAAUCGUGAACACAAAGAAAGUUUGUCUGCAUUUUGACCACGUGGGUGCUACUCUGUCCUUUGCUUCUGAUUGUUCUGAACACUGGUAAUUUUAAGAAUUGUUGCACUUGGCAAAUGAGUCUUGCCCUUAAACUUCACUUACACUGCCAAGUGCAAGGGUUUGGUGCUUAGUUAACUUACCCUUAUUGCAGUGCUUCUUGUGAAUAGCUAACGCUUCUGAACUGGAACUGUACAGUUUGUAUUUUAAAGCUUCUGUAAAAGUAAACUAUUUGCUUUAUUAAAGAUAUACAUUUAAUAGGU